CCAAAUUGUGUUUACUCUCUGGAUUGAAACGAUUCGUGUUGAUUUUAAUUUUUAGCAAAUUUUUUAAAAGCCAGUUAAUGGAGAAUGACGAAAGAGAUUCAAAUAAGGUAUCAAUCUGAUAUCGUAAGUUCCCUCUCAAGACGUCUGAUGAACGAUGUGGUUGAAGAAAUUUUCAAUUACUUGGACUAUGAUAGCCUGAAGAAUUCGGAAGCAGUGUCAGUUCAGUGGCGUGACAAUAUAACAUAUGGAAAAACAUGGAAAAAGCUGUUAGAGAGAAAUCUAAGGUUGUCUGUGGAAUGGAGAGACAUGCUAGAAAUUUUGGCUUUAAAAUGGUCUCUGGAUUCUAGUGUUCCAAAAAGUUAUAUUCGUUGCCGUACCCUAUGCCAGCAGGUGGGAAACUCUGUGUCGAAACUACGGCGGAAUUGGCUAGAAGGUCGGCACUCCAAGAAUGAAUUUACGGAUUUUAGUCAACCUGAAAUUGAAAGUAUUUUUUGGAUACGAGGAAGUCUCAAUUUUGAAAUGAACAAAAGGUGGAUUGGCAGAGGUCAACGCGAUGGCAGCAUAAGAUUUUGGAAUAGAUGGACGUUGGAAACGAGCGCUAUUUUUCAACCGUUGCUGUUGACCAACCGUCUUCUUGGAUGCAACACGGUCCGUUGCCUGCAGUUUAAUGACGACAUCGUCGUUGCUAGUUACUUUGGAGGUUCUAUUUGCAUAUGGAAUGUACAUACCACAGAAUUGCUUCAGGUACUUGACGAGAUGGACGUUGCCAAUUACGAAUCUCACUACAUUCCGGUGAAUGGUCUCAGUCUUGGCGGUUCACCAGGAAAUUAUUGGCUGCUUUCUUGCUUGUCGUCGCCAACAGAACAAGACUUUAUCACCCUUCGGCUGAUCAAGUCUCCCUCCGAAGAGAUACCCAUAGUACACCGAAUUGUACUCGACCAAAAACUUAGAGUCCUACAGCUUUUCGUAAACGAUGCAUAUGUCUUGCUCCUCAUAAGUGAUACCGAGGCCAAGUGUGACCAAAUACAAAUACGGUCCACCGCUUCCAUGGAGAUCCUUAAAACCAUCCAAAUCCCAUAUUCGGAAAUGGGCGUGUUCGACUAUAGAAAGGGAUUGCUAUUGGCUGGCUCUCGUUACGAAAUCCAGCUGUGGGACACGGAGACUACAACUUGCAUAAGGAGCGUCCGAAGCAGCAGUUCCAUUGUUUUCGUCAAAAUCAUAUCGGAUAAAUAUUGGGUCAGCUGUAAUACGUCGGGUAAAAUUGAGGUUUGGGAUCUUAAAUACGCCUUAAAUCCCACACAUCCACGCUCGCUGUUGCUGUACCAGUUGGAUGCCACAAAUGUGCAUUGCCCUCUUCUUUGUCCAGUUGUUCGAGCAGACGAAUAUCAGAUUGCAUUAAUUCCUUGUCGUGCCAAAGAUUAUUCAGAAUUACAUAUCAUCGAUUUUCUUCAGUUGGAUGAGAAGGCAGCCAUUGACCGUCCUGUUGAUUGAUGAAGGACUCACCCUUAGCUAAAUGUGAAUGAAACUAUUUGGUGAUUUUGUUUUAACCUGAUUCCCGUAACGGUGUCUUUUAAUUAUGUGGACAUUGGCAAUGUGAUUUCCCGUCCAAUGACUCGAUUGUAAACAUAAUUUUACU